AUGUUGUGCUUAGACCCAGCAGUGCUGGUGAGAUCAAGGCAUGCUUACUUUACUAGAGGAAAGGUCCAGAGGCUUAGAAAGAACCAUGGACGACAAAACAGCCAAGAGGCUCUGGCAAGUGGCACAGUCUCAAGACGGUUGAGCAAUGGCUUAGGAAUGCCGGCGGUAGCACUGGAGAUGCCCAAGGUUACAGGAACCAUUUGGAGUGAACUUGAUGAGACCAAGCUGUACACAGCAAUGGAACUGGAUAAUAUUGACAAAAUAUUUUGUGCUUAUCAAAAGAACGGGGUUACGAAUGAAGGCUCGAUAGAAGAUUUGCGCCAGCUGGGAAAGAGUCGAGCGAAAAUUCUGUCAGUCAUUGAUGGCAGGCGUGCACAAAACUGCACCAUUUUGCUGUCUAAACUCAAAAUGUCAGAUGAAGAUAUCUCCAAGAUUGGUUUUGUGAAGUUUGAACUACCAUAUAGUGUUACUAGUAGUAAUGAUAAAAUACUUCCUGUAAUUGAUGAAGGAAUUGUGGAAAAAGUGAAGUGUUUACAUAAUGUGUGGGCUAUCAUGGGCAUGGAUGGGCGCAACCAGCUGCCCAUUGACAUGGUAGAACUGCUCCUUAACUUCAUCCCGAGUGCAGAGGAGUGUGCACUGUUGGAAGAGCAUAGUGAGGACAUUGAACACCUGGCCAGAGCUGAUCGCUUCCUCUAUGAGAUUUCCAAAAUCCCUCAUUAUGAGCAGCGCUUAAGGGCUCUCCACUACAAGAAGCGCUUUGGCCUGUGGAUGUCAGAAGUGCAGCCACGGAUACGAGCUGUAAUGGAAGCUAGUCGUGAAGUGGCACGCUCACGGCGCUUGCGCCGCUUGCUGGAAGUUGUGCUUGCGUUAGGGAACUACAUGAACCGAGGUGCUCGAGGCAAUGCUUAUGGAUUCCGCCUGGCAUCCCUCAACCGGCUGGCUGACACCAAGUCCAGCGCACUGAAAGGGACCACCCUUCUCCACUACCUCGUUGAGAUUCUGGAGAAAAAGUUUAAAGAUACACUCAAACUGGAUGAAGACCUACCUCAUAUUCGGGAUGCUGCCAAAGUCAACAUGGGAGAGCUUGAGAAAGACAUGGGCCAACUGCGCAACGGGCUGAAGGAAGUGGAGCGGGAAGUGGAGUUCCAUCGAUCGCAGCCGGCUGGUGUGGCGGUGGCUGGCGACCGCUUCCUGCCUGUCAUGAAGGAGUUUCUCUCAUCAGCUACUUGCCGCUUCUCUGAGCUGGAAGACCUCUUCCAAGAUAUGAAGACAAGGACACCUGCUCGCAUUGUCACCCAAGCUAAUGCGUUUGAUAGAGCAGUGAGACUUUUUGGAGAAGACAACAGCAACAUCCAACCAGAUGAGUUCUUUGGAAUUUUUGAUGCUUUCCUGACAGCUUUCAAUGAAGCUCGACAGGACAAUGAAAACAUGAGGAGGAGACGUGAGGAGGAAGAGAAAAGGGCACAGCAAGAAGCAGAGGUAAGAUUUGUUCUUGGUGAAGCCUCUCAGCAAAUUGAAAUUCUAGUUUUAGUGUCAGUGGAGUUAAAGAAAAGAACCAUGGACAGAAAGAACAGCAAAGAAGGCAUCUUGAGCAAAGUGGGCAACAGUCUCAAGAACGGGUUGAGCAAUGGCUUAGGGAAUGGCCGGCGGGAAAGCACUGGAGAUGCCAAAGGUGAGUUUGAUGACCUUAUCUCAGCCCUUCGGACUGGCGAUGUGUUUGGAGAAGACAUGGCGAAAUUCAAGCGAAGCCGGAAAGCACGUCUCAAUACGAAUGGCAGUUCUCCAACUCGCCUCAAUAGUCUCAACCGGGAAGACAGCCGUGAGCGUGUUCUGAAUAGCAAUCGUAAAGCUCAGUAAAGAUUCUAAAGUGGAAAGUCAAUUGGACACUUUUAGAGUUAAGGUGAUUCUCGUUCACAAUUUGUUGUAGAAUCAGUACACUGGUGGUGAAUGAGUGUUCUGGUUUUUAUGAAUUACUGGACUGAAAGAAACCUUGAGGAAAUACCCUGCCGUAAAAUUUGAUUAUGUAUUUAUGGCAUUUACUUGAGAUUAAAUUAUUAUUAUCACAAGUUUAAUUCAUAAACACCUGAUAUGAUGAAUUGUGGUUACCAAAGAGAAAUGAACUGAAACAAGGAUUUUCUUGGCUUCUCUUCAGAUGUUUUGCACUCUUUCUCAUGUGAUAGAAAAGAGUGAUGGAUGCUGUGUCACAUGUAGGAAAACAUACAAUUCAGAAUCUGUGUCAGUAGAGGAAUUAUCCUUGUGAAGGACUUGACUGUUUUCGUAACAGCUAAGUGCAAGGAAGAUUUUUCUGGUCCAGAUUUGGAUAUAUCGUUUGAAUACUCUUAGUUGGAUGUAUUAUUUCUGAACUCAACAAGUCAUGAGAGUAAAACGAAAGUAAGGUUUCUUAAUGUUUUCAAUACAAUGAACUAAUGAGUGUUAUUCCACACAUUUAUUUUGCCAUUUUUUAAACAUUUCUAUCUUCCUAUCAUUUGUCUUUUAGUUCGUUAAUAACAUUCUGAAUUUUCUAUAUCUUCUAAAAUAUAUGCUUCAAUUUCCUGUAAUGUAAUCAACAUUACUGCAGAUCAGGAGGAUGCUGUCUUUAGAUGACACAUUCCUUUCACCUUUAUUUGUGAGUCCUCAUUCCCAGAUGUCAUGAGAUUUUUCCUUCUGAAGAGGGUGCUGUGUGGUGAUUGAUUGUCUCUAUAGUGGCUCUGUUGGCUGUCUAUUCCUGUAAUAAACUAUUUAUUCCUGACCUGUUCCUUUCCCCACAACUGGUUUGAAAUGCUACCACACCAAACUUGAGCAUUGCAUAUGAGGGUUAACUUCAUGGAGAAUAAUAAUUCAUGCAUUCAUCAUAGUUUUGUUUUCGUUUUUGGACCAGAGGCUGUUUAUGAUUCUCUUAACUAUAUGCUAUUUCCUAUUAACAUGUUUUUCAAAUGUAGGACUCAGGUAUAUUUAGGCCAGUGGAAUUUGUUGUCCAAAUCUCACAAAAGAUUCAUAAAUAGUAUGCUGAAAAAUGUACACUUACGUGAGAAAUGCCUUAACUCUACCACAAGUGUGAUAUUAUUCAUCAUUCAGCUUCCUAACAAUGCAAUAGUCAGUGUCAGGCAAAACCUUUUUUGUCUGAUUUUGAGUUGUGAAUUGCUCAACAUACAUGCACUUUUCAGGAAUGGUAUGUUGAACUGUUACUUGCUUACUUUUGUUACUUUUAUUUAGUGUAUUUGGCCUAAUGAUAAUUUCUGGUGUCAAAAAUGAUGAUUCAUGAUGUUGACAGUCAAAAUUACUAUAUGCAAAAUUUUGUGUACUGGUUAUAUGUAUAUUUUUAUUACAAAUAAUAUUACUUCUCAGGAAUUACUUGUUCAGUAUUCAUUAUGAGAUCAGUUUGAGAUGUAGAAAGUAGGUAAACAUUUAUUGCUUUUGAAAAAUCAUGAAAUCAUCAUCCUUUGCUCACAAAUAUGUUAGUUUCUUUUUUUAUACCCAAAGAUACUAGUAAAUCAGGUAUAGGUUUGUGAUAAAUUACGAGAAAUCACAUUUACAAAUAUUAUUGUAAUUUGUUGGAAAAUUGAUUUUUUGUCUUCACACAGAAUAAUAUUCAAGUUGAUUAUUUUAAAAAAGACUCAGGUUUGUGUAAUAUAUACAUACAUUAAAUUCAAGAAUAUUUGGAUUGUUAUUAGCUUCUUUAAUAAAAUUCAGAAUCCCAUCAAAUGGGAUUAGUAAUAGAUAUUUGUACUUAUUUUUCUAUCAUUAAAAUUUUGAAUCUAGAUGAAUAUCCUAAAAGUUAAAUUGUAAAUUUUGGAAGCAUCUUUUGUGUAUUCAUAAUGACAGGACAUUGGUGCCUUUAGUAAAAUAUUCUCGUCAUUUUUUAUCAAAAUAAUUGUUCUAUACAUACUCCCAGAAAAUUAAUCUGUUUUUCAUUCAACUUGAAUUUUGAUCUCUGGUGUACUUAGUCUUAGUGUAUGAAUAGGGCUUUCCAACAAAAAUAAAUGACAAAAGACAAAUUUUAAAUCAAAUAAAACAAAAUAAAAUUUUGCAUUCUUUGUGCAAUGUGCUUAUGCUGAUAUACACUGUUUCAGAAAGUACUUCGAUUAUUUUUUGUCUUGACAUUUAUUUGAAAUGAUGCUUGUUUUUGAGGCAAGUUUACAUUGCACAGGAUGCAAGAUUCUGGUGACAUUUGUGUAUAUUACAGUAAUUGUUUAUAUCGUGCAAUUAUACCUAUUACAAAUUCUUGUUAAGGAUCAAUGUUUAUUUAACAUGAGAAAGGAGCAUGACAUAACAGUUCAAUGUUAUUCUAAAAUAUGAAGGACUAUAUAAUAAGAAAUUCUCCCUUCAACCUUUGAUAUGCAUUUUAUAGACUGGUCUCUUUGUGUAUUUGAGCACAUGACAACUAAAUGUAACAUCUAAAUUAAGAUACAUGUAGAAAUACACUGGAGAAAAUAGCACUCAAUGCAAAGUGGCUUUCUGGCUGUCGUAAUAUAACAAUGAUAGUGUAAUGCAGGUGGAUUUCCGAUCACAUUUUUUAUAUUGAUGUAUUGUAAAAUAAAUGUGAUCUUUUAUGCUGAGGUGUAAAUGUAUUAUGGAGUUCCAUCUCUUGUAGCAAAACAUAAAAGGAAAUUUGGUUUCUUAAGUUAUUUGUAUCAGGUUUUGUAUAGGAAGUGAGAGAGAGAGAGACAGAGAGUGAGUGAAAUAACUUAAGAAAUUAUUGAAAGCUUUAUAUAAUUUUCAAGGGGUCAAAAGGUUGUGAGCUUGGCAUAUGUUUAUCCAGAUACAAUGAGAUGAGAAAUAUUAAAAAUUGAUCUUUUCUUCAUACUUUUAUUUUAUAAAAACUCAAAUUGUGCCUUUUAAAAGCAAAAAGUUAUUUUCAGAAACUAAUAAUUUUUCUUUUUGGUUUUGAAAGUUUUAUAUUUACUGAGUAUGUGUUUUAUUUUCAUUUUUUACAAAAAAACAACAACAGUGUCUGAUUUUAUUUUUCAAGUAAUAGUUGGAUAGGGUUCAUACUCAAUAAAGGUACAAACUUCUAUAUGUCUGUUGCUUGGUUUUAUAGUUUUAGCUUGAGAGCUUAAUUCUUUUUAUUUUAUUUGUAUAGGCAUAUCUAAUUUUUUAUUAAUGUGCUAAAUUUGAAUUCUUGGUGAAGCAAUAAAUCUUAAUAAACAGUUUUAAAUUUGAAGAAUUGCCUUUUUUUGUAUUGUUAUGUUUUAGUUGAUUAAUGAUUGCUACAAUAAUAGUUUAUUUCUAAAAUGUUUUGCUACAGGAUGGAACAAAGAAUGUCAAUGUAAAUUCAAGUCAGAGAAGUUGUACCUAAUAUACGGAAGAUUAGGUCUUUGGGAUGAGCUUUAACAAAUAUAGCACAAAUGUAUGUGGUCCAAUAUUGUGAAGUAGGUGUUAUGUUAGAGAUAACAAAAUAUGAAGUUAUUCUGUGUCACUAUGUAUUUGAAGAAACAGUUUUUUUGUCUUGUGAAGACAUGACUGAUGUUUGUGUGAUCUUAACAAUUUUCUCAUAAUUUGUGGUGAUUUUAUUAAAUUGUGCUAAAGCACAUUAUGAAUGUGAAGAAAGUUGAAAGUAAUUUUUGGGAUUUUAAAAUCCCAAGUGUUCUUAGGAUGAGUGUUAGUUUUUCAUAAAUACUUAGAAGAAUUGUUGUAAGGAUAUUUACCAGUUUAUCUUGCUCAAUUAUAAAUUGCAAGAUCCACUUUGCAUUGUAGGCUGAAAUAGACUGAAUUGUGACAUAAACCUGCAUUUGAAUGUGUCUGGAUUCAUUUAAGUCAGUUUCAUAAUCUGCAGUUUGUUACAUUAUAGAACCAUAACUUUGAUGAGGAUAGCAAGAACUAGUUUACUCUAAAACUUCUUGUUCUCUAAAAAAUAAUUGGUUUCUUGAACCAAAGAAUGCAGAUGGUAGGUAAAGUAUAUAUAAUAUUCUGAAUCUCACUUGUUAUUGUUAUCAUUUUUUUUAAGUUCAUAUUUACUGUGUUUCAUAUGAAUAGUUAUUUAUUUUAACAUAGACAAAAAGCUUCUUUGUUAUUUUGUAAAACAAAAGAUAUUGGAAGAAAAGUUGCUCCAAUACGAACACAUUUGUUGAUGCAUUUUGUUGUCAAACAUAUGAGUGUAUGUGUGUGUGUAUAUAUACAAAAUAGAUUCUUCAUAAUACACCUUUCUCUUUUUCUAAGAGUAUUCAUCUCAUACUUUUCAUAAUUAUAAAUUUGUCAGUACAUUUGUACAAAUGGUAGUAUAUUUGUAUUUUACAUUUGCAUUUGUUCUGGCAAAUGGUUUUAAAGUUGAAAAUAUUAAAAUGGUAUUGUAAAGACUGUUUCUGAGAAGCACAUACAAACUUUUAUUUUAAAUUACUUUUGUAGGAAAUAAAAAAAUAGUUGCUUUAUUUGUAUGUGGAAUAAUUUCAGAGAAUGCUGUUGAAUUGAAAAGCAAAGACUGGCUGUAUACUUAAUUGAGAAAAUUAUUUCGUAUUAAAAAAUCCCAUGAUUUGUUCAAUUUGAAACUUAUGGAAUUGAUUUGCAUGAAGAUAAGUGAAUCAUUAAUAAUGAAAUAAUGAAGGACAGAAGAUUAAAGCAUUUAGUUUAAACCAAGAAACUGAAACAAAUUUAUGAAAAAUAAGUUUUUUGAGAAAGUAUUUGUAAAUAUAAAUACUCAUUAAUCUAUUGAACUUAUGUCGUAUACUCCACAAAGACUAGUAUUGUGUGUAACUGCCAAGUUAAAUUCUAGUGUCCAAAAAAUGUGGAAAUUUGCAAAGAAUGCAUUAUAUAUUGAACAAGUUGCCAGAAGAAAAAUGUAGACAAAUAAAGCAUUUGUUUUAUAAUAUUUUCAAAUGUUUUUCUUGAAUUUUUACAUAUUGUUAUUGUUAUGUAAACUUACCUUUUCAGAACCCAUGUAAAACAAUUUGUUUAGUUUAAAUAAUAUCUAACAAUUUAUCACCUGCACUGAAUUCAAAAUCAUAUAAGAGUGCCUCGUAAUGAUAAAGAAAUCACAUCUACAGUUGUUGAAAAUUAUGCAAAUUACUGUUAUUUCUUAUACUGAAAUAUUCUCUCAUUUUUACAGAGCAUAUCUUAAUGAUAUCCCUGAGUUAUGUGUUUUUACAAUUUGACUAUGAUGCUAUGUGUGUACGCUUCUGUAGAUUACCUUUGCAUCCUUGUAUUUAUAUGUACAUUAUUUGUAUAGAAUUUGAUGAUGUGGUAUGAAUGUUUAAAAAUUGCCAGUCAUUUAGACUCAGCUGCUUUUUGCGAUUGUAAACAACAUAAAAGCAAGCUCUGUAAAUUCAUUUUACGUGUUGAACUUGUUUAGAUUCUGUGACAUAUAUCCAACAUGUCUUUGGAAUAAUUUUGGCAGUAAUUUUAUUUAGACAAGUUCUUUUUACAGGCUGUUACACAAAUUAUUGUAAAACUAUUUAUUAUAUUCUUGACUACUUUAGUUUCUUUUACCUCUUUCUAUGUAUGACUCUCAACAUUAGAGAUUCACAAUGAUUCAAAAUAUUUCCAUUUUAUUAUGGUGUUCUGAGAUAUCUCGUUUUUUCUUACAAAAAAAUAUUUUACUCAUUGUAUCUUUUUCAAAUUGCAAAUUUUAUAUCAGGCCGCAAACAAUUUACCAUAUUACUGAUCAUAUUUACAUUCUUUUGCUGCUUAGAGUUUACCAAGAAAGUGCCAUGUUUAACAUUUUUUUAUGCUUCUCAACAAUUUUUAGUAUGUGCCAAUAGGACUUCCACAUUGUGUUUGGAUUCAAGUGCUGUUAUGUCAGAUAAUUAUGAAAUUACAGAAAGAGUGUGAUGUUAUGCCAAAUUUUGGUGAAGACUGGCAGGUGUGAAAUGACGGUUCACUUUUACCAGAGGUAUUCUGUGGUAGAUAUAAAGCAAGUGCUUGUAAUCAGUGUCAAUGAAGAAGUGUUACACACUUGGAAAAACGUGAUUUGAUAAGUCACAAUAUCACUUCCUUACUGAAUAUAUGUACAGUAGAAUAGGUAGCAAGAUUGUUAUGUAUGUUAUUGGUUGUUAAAAGAAUCAGAAACAGAUACAUAUGGUAUAUCCCUGGCAUUAUGUAAGCUUGUCUGUUCAGUCCAGUAAAAUGUAACGUCCAGUGUGUGCUUUUGAAGCAUUUGUUGAAUUCCGUUAUUUAUGCAGUUAGUGUGAACUUGUGUUCAUGGUGCAAAAUCCAAGACAAGUUAGUGUGGCCUAAAAGAAGAAAAAUUCAAAGAGUUCCUUAGAUACUUCCUAUAUAUAUAUAUGUAUAUGAGAAAUAAUUUAUGUAUAAUAGUCAAAUGUAUAGAAAUAACGCGUAAAAUAAUAGGUUAAGAGAUAAACAUUAGAUUAGAAAAAUUAAAGUAUUGGUGCUUGAAGUAGGCAGAGAAAUAUUCUAUGAGAAAGAGCUAAAAGAUUUCAAUAAAUUUCACGUAAUAGGGUUUUAACAAAGCCAUUUUUAUUAGCAGAUGUAUGUUUUUUUAAUUAUUGAAUUAUUUGCCAGUAACUUCUCAUUUGAAAAUGUUUAUUAAUUCAUAUUUUAUUACAUAUAAAAACUUUUUUUUUUCUCUCCGUAAAGAACUGAAAAUCAUAGUAUAAAAAUGUUAGUUCAUGUUAGUGUGUUUGUUCUCUGUGCAUUACAGAAGGUAUUAUCUUUAAUGACAACUUUGUAAUAAUUUUUCCAUACUUGUUCUGGAAAAUUGUUCACUUGCAGCUUAUUAUUUAAAUACAUUCUUAUUUUAAAAUAUUAUUUCUUUAAUGUAUACUAUAGUAUGAUUAUGUUUCUUUCAAGAUCUGUAUUAUUUUAUAAAUGUCAACAAAUAUUUUGGAAGUGAUUGCAGUACUUUAUGCAGAUUCCUAUAUAUAAUUCCCUUUCAGUAACCUGCAUGAUGUUAAAGUGAAUAACCUGUUAUAAACACCUCCCUAUUACUAUAUUUAUUAUCAGAAUAUUAUUGUACAUUUAAUACUUGACCCAAAAUUCUGUGCUAUAUUUUUAAUCCAUGAAAAUACUAAAAAAAUUAAAAGUAAAAGAAGUGUAUUUUUAUUCAUUUCAAAAUUUAAUGUCAUAAAUAUCAAUGAGAGCAGAUCUAAAAAUAUUUUUGCUUUGCUAAUUUCAAGCACAUAUACUAUCACAGCCAUUAAAUAUAUAUGUAGAUGAAAACCAUUUACUUUACCAGCAGUUUUGAUGAUCAGCUUGCAUAAUGCCUGAGGCUAUGUACUUUGAAACUUGUAGAUUGUGUGUAAUUAGAAAUGAGAGGCAAUGUUCCAUAGAGUAUGUACUGGAAUCUUCAGCCAUUAGAAUGCUGUGUGAAGUCCAUUUCCUUACAUUUGAUCUAACCAUGCUAAAAUAUCAGGUUUUUACUGUGACCUGUCAUUUGUACAUUUUCAAGAUUGGCAAUUACCUAUCAAACAAAUGCUUUUUGUAUUUUUGUACAUAAAUUUAGAUAUAUAAUUGUGUAGGAUAUAAUAGUGAAAUAAAGUAUCAUAACAUCA